CUGCGGCUGCGGCGUUGGCGGUCGUGGCUGCUGUGGAGCAGGCCGGACCCUCAUGCUCGCUGGCAGAGCUUUCCCGAUCGCAGGACGAACGCGGGGCCGCUGUCUGGGGCCGCCUCCGCGUCGGGGCUGACAGCAGGACAGGUGCCGGCAGCGCGGGGACCGAGCUGCAUCCAAGCUUCAUUAUGUAUCAGAAAAAUGAAAAAGCAGAGGAAAAUUCUAUGGAGGAACAGAAUCCAUGUAGCUUUUUCUGAGAAAUGGAAUACUGGGUUUGGAGUCUUUAAAAAAUCCUAUCUUCACCAACACUUGUGCAUUGUGAAAACUAAGUUGGGAAGGCCAGUUACUUGUAAUAGACUGUUAAGACAAUUCCAGAAUAAAAAGAAGGACCUUCAAAUCCAGAAAUCGUGGAUCCAGGAUGAACCACUUUGUGCUAAGACCAAGCCUAGUGUGGCUGCUGAGAAUGUUAGUGUUUUUUCCUCGAAAGUGAAAAGAAGGGACUGUAAGCCCUUAAUCUCUUCUUCAAGGAGUCUCUUGAAAGUCCAAACAGAGAAGUUGCUGUCAUCAGCUAAGAACUCUGACCAUGAGCACUGUGGAGAGAAAAGUCUCUUGGAAGCAGUUGCUGACUUACCAGCGAAUGAUCUUUUAAGUCAGGCCAGUGGUCACAGACCUAGGAAGGAGCCACAAGCUUCUGACUUUCCCAUGAAGUUCCAAGGGGAGAGCCAAAGUCCAGGUGAGAGUGGCACGAUUGUGGUCACCUUGAGCAACCAUAAGAGAAAGCGCUUUUGUUAUGGUUGCUGCCAAGGGCUGGAACAUCACAGGAAUGGGGUCCCCCUGAUUCCAAAAAAGUUCCAACUUAACCAACAUAAGAGAAUAAAGGUGUCUCCUCUUAUGAUGUUUGAGAAAUUAUCCAUGAUCAGAUUUCGGUACAGGAUUCUGAGAUCCCAGUACUUCAGAACGAGAGGCAAAGUUUGCAAACUAAGGAAAGCCCAGAGAAGCUGGGUACAGAAGGUCACUGGGGACCAUCAAGGAACACUUAGGGAUAACAGUGAGGGUGGCACUUGUAGUCCAUUCCCUUCUCCAGAAGAGAAAGACACUUCUUGCUGGCAUCAGCCGUACUUUCCAAAUAUGGACAGCAGUGCUUUGGUGAAGGGGAAGAACUCCCAUGUGCCUGAUGGCCAAAUUAAAGGAAACCCUUUUUUGGGCAAGGAGCAUAAUUUAGAUGAAGCAUUCUCUGACCAACAAAAUGGCUGUGCUUCAUACACCUGGGACCAGUCACCCUGUUCCUCUCCAAAGUGGGAGUGUGCAGAGCUGAUUCAUGAUACCCCCUUGUCAGAACAUCAUUCUGGUAACAUGUUCGUCUCGGAAACUGAAGGAGAGACUGUGACUUUGGUUCAGGAAAAUCAUACAAGUGCCGAGAGUGAGGACAGAAUACCACUGUCAGUGUCUGAGACAGACAAAUCUGUGAAUCAUGUGGACGGGCCUGUGUCUGAAGAAACUGGCUCCCAUGAGAACUCACAUCACAUGGAAGAGGAUGGGUCUCUCAAGCAGAAUAUUCUCAGUUCUAAGUUGCUGGACCACCCUUACUGUAAAAGUCCGCUGGAGGCUCCGCUGGUGUGCAGUGAACUCAAGGUAGAGAACCAAGUGGGAGGUGGGAAGAACAGUCAAAAAGCAACUCCAGUGGAUGAUGAGCAGCUGUCCAUCUGCCUUUCUGGAUUCCUAGAUGAGGUUAUGAAGAAGUAUGGCAGUUUGGUUCCACUCAGUGAAAAAGAUGUCCUUGGAAGACUGAAAGAUGUGUUUAAUGAAGACUUCUCGAAUAGGAAACCAUUUAUCAAUAGGGAAAUCACGAACUAUCGGGCCAGACAUCAAAAGUGCAACUUUCGCAUCUUCUACAAUAAGCACAUGCUGGACAUGGAUGAUCUGGCAACCCUGGAUGGUCAGAACUGGCUGAAUGACCAGGUCAUUAACAUGUAUGGUGAGCUGAUAAUGGAUGCAGUUCCAGACAAAGUUCACUUCUUCAACAGCUUUUUUCACAGACAGCUGGUAACCAAAGGAUACAAUGGUGUAAAAAGAUGGACUAAAAAGGUGGAUUUGUUUAAAAAGAGUCUUCUGUUGAUUCCUAUUCACCUGGAAGUCCACUGGUCUCUUAUUACUGUGACACUCUCUAAUCGAAUUAUUUCAUUUUAUGAUUCCCAAGGCAUUCACUUUAAGUUUUGUGUAGAGAAUAUAAGAAAGUAUUUGCUGACUGAAGCCAGAGAGAAAAAUAGACCUGAAUUUCUUCAAGGUUGGCAGACUGCUGUUACAAAGUGUAUUCCACAACAGAAGAAUGACAGUGACUGUGGAGUCUUUGUGCUCCAGUACUGCAAGUGCCUCGCCUUAGAGCAGCCUUUCCAGUUCUCCCAGGAAGACAUGCCCCGGGUGCGGAAGCGGAUCUAUAAAGAGCUGUCCUUGCAGCAACAUGGGAGGUGCGCUUGGCUUCUACAGGACCAUCCUAACAUUCCAGCACAGGGCUUCUCACCUGUGGAACCUCAACACCCCGGAAAAGCCUGUUAAAGUGGUCCUGAACUUCUCCCUGAACUGCAUUAGGGUUAAUGUGGCCUUCUAUGACAUAUUUGAAAGGAAAUAAGGGAGGAAGUGUAUUAAACCUAUUCAGCUAUCUUUUCUGAACUGGGGAGGGAAGCAACGAAUGUAUAUAAGAAUCUCAGAAGCUUGUUUAGAAAAAUAACCAGGUUAAUAGCAGAAAAUACUUGAACUUCAAUACUUCGACUUAGGUAUGAGAUGUUGAAAAGAAAGGGCUGAGAUGUUUGGUUUACCUUGGCCCUGAGGGGCAGCUGAGGGUUGAGUCAGACCAUGUUUACACAUAGGGUUUUUGAUACUAGUACUGAUCCUGGGAAACGACCUCUGCACCUCUGGCGUCCUCUAGACUCCAACUCCUUAGCAUAAAACCAGGUCAGUAUUUCUUAACUGUGCUUCAGGUGGCUAAAAAGUAAGAGUGGAGGCACUUCAUGCUGUUACAGGUAGGGUUGUGUCAUCAGUAGGAAAAUGACAGUUCAAAAUGAG